CUCAGUGAGGUUCCUGGAGCCCGGCGGCCGCGCGUGCGCUGUCCCGAGAACGGCGGCGGCUGGAAUUGUGGCGAAAGUGCGGCUGCUGAAGCGCAGCGACGCCGGGGAGGAGGAAGCGAGCGCCGCUACAGGGUUGAGGGGCUCCUGGCGCCAUGGGCCGCCUGCAUUGCAUGCAGGACCCGGUGCCCGAGGCCGUGCGCGGCGACAUGCAGCAGCUGAACCAGCUGGGCGCGCAGCAGUUCUCAGCUCUGACAGAAGUGCUUUUCCAUUUCCUGACGGAACCUAAAGAGGUGGAACGCUUUCUGGCUCAGCUCUCUGAAUUUGCCACUACUAACCAGAUUAGUCUUGGCCCCCUCAAAAGCAUCGUGAAAAGCCUCCUUCUGGUUCUGAAUGGUGCAUUGAAGAAGGGCCUCACUGCCGAGCAGGUGCAGGCUGAUCUCCUGACUCUAGGUCUCAGUGAGGAGAAAGGCACUUACUUUUCUGAAAAGUGGAAGCAGAACGCCUCAACCCUUGCACAGUGGGCCAUAGGUCAGACCCUGAUGAUUAACCAGCUGAUUGAUAUGGAGUGGCGAUUUGGAGUGACAUCUGGAAGCAGUGAACUAGAGAAAGUGGGAAGCAUAUUUUUACAGUUAAAGUUGGUGGUUAAGAAAGGAAAACAAGCUGAAAACGUGUACAUAGAAUUAACCUUGCCUCAGUUCUACAGUUUCCUGCAUGAGAUGGAGCGAGUCAGAGCAAGCAUGGAGUGCCUCAGCUGAUCCUGAUUCUCGUGGACUUGCUCCUGCCUCUUCCCUAAUGGCUGCUCCAGGGGUCCUACCACCUUGGGAGCCCAGGUGCAAUUUCUGAAAAAACAGGACCCUGUACUUGAGGCAUCCUGUGGGAUUCCUCUGUAAACUCAAGGGAGCCGCCACCUCCCAGCUCCUGGGAUGAGUUGUACACCUCGAUACUCCGUACCAGCUCUGACUGCUGGGAUUGUCCUUUCUUUGGGGGUAUUGUCACUUCCCAUUAAACAGCGUGAACGAGUGGUUCUUUCAGUCAGAUGGCUGAGUGCUUGUUUGUGGCGGAGGAAGAGACAGGCAGCACGGAUGGUUUGUGUGGAGAGACCCUGUCAGUUCACACUGUGUUCGGAGGGGGAGGGGCAUUACCAGCCCGUGUUUGCUGAGUCUUUUCUGGAAACAACUUAGGCGAGCCCCUGUCAGAAUUUCUGGGUUAUCCUUUUGUGUUUUGUGUUAGAAGGAGGGAGGCCUUUCAAGGCCAUCUUAGAUUAUUUUGGUUCCAACCACCUUUUGGUUAAAUGGUAAAUUAAAA